UCGUUUUUUAUAUUUUCUUUGGUCUCAACUCCCUAAACCCUCUCCUUGCAUUCUCCCCCUAAUGACUGUGUCUAUGUUCACCACAUCAUCAGUUCUUUCCUCAUAUCCCCUGUCCUGCAGCUUUGUGGCAGAGAGUCUUUGUGCUCUGCUUAUCUUGCCUCCUGUCACUCUAACCGUUGUUGCUUGUGUUCAGAGAACUGCAAAUGGCUCCAUUUUGUAUAGCAUGUAGGGGGAUGGUUGGAGAUGAGGGUGGAAAGGUGGUUUGAUGCCACAGCUCAGAGGAGCUGAGAAGUUAGGGAGAUGGGAGAUGAUUAAGCAGGGCAUCAUUAUGCAGGUUUCUGUGUGGGUUAUGAGGUCAUCAUGUUACUCUGAAUAUAUUGGGUGGCCUGGGUUAAAAUGGAGAAAAGAGGUAGCAGGGAGUCAGCAUAGCAAAGGAGGCCCAAUUUGGGGAGGUAUGGUUUUACUGAUGUUCAGCUUCCUCAGCUAAGAAGAGAGCUUAGAUGGGUCCUUUCCCUCUGCUUUCUCCCAUCUCUGUGUUCUCAUCCACUCUGUUUUCACAUGAGACAGCUGCUGUGCUUGAAGUGGGGUAGCAGGGCUCAGGGUGCCAUUUCCUGAGCCCUCCUUAAUAUUCACGAGCAGCUUUUGAGGGACUUCAGAGAAUGUUAAGACCCUUUGAAAUACAGUUUAAAAUCACUGAUUCGUGGAGUCUGAUUCCUGCCAGCUUUUGAGAUUCUGUGUUUCUCCUGCUUGUCAGUGUGCACCUGUCAUUGUGUUUUUCCCUACUUGUCAAAACAGUUAAGUAAUACAGAUAAUGCUACGUUUGUGCUGGCUUGCCUUCAAACACUCAGAAUCUUAGGCUGAGAAUAAAGGAUUCCGGCCGAACAUUUCCUCUCUCGGUCUGUGAGUCACGAGAGGAAUUCCCCAGUAAGGCAGCAUUCCUGAGAGUUGGGCUAGGUCACAAGGACACAUCAGAGAGAGGGGCGGAGUCUGACUGACCCAGGCCAAUGGCUCCGUUGUUGGGCUUACAAGUACCUUGACUGUCGCCCACAGGUGAUGGAGGACGAGGAGAAGGCAGUGGACACCUUGGUGAGCAACACGGAAGCUGCUCACCCUGCAUCCCCAGUCCGCUGCUGCCGGCUCCGCCUCCGCUGCUUGGCGGCUGCUAGCAUUAUCUGUGGCUGCUCUUGCCUGGGAGUCGUGGCCCUGGUGUUUGCCAUCAAGGCGGAAGAGCGGCAUAAGGCAGGCCGGUUCGAGGAGGCAGUGCACUGGGGGGCCCGGGCCCGGAACUUCAUCCUGGCCAGCUUUGCCGUCUGGUUUGCUGUCCUCAUUCUGGGCCCCCUGCUUCUGUGGCUGCUCUCCUAUGCCAUCGCCCAGGCUGAGUGACCCUGGGUGGCCUCUGCUGAGAGUCAGCAAGACCUCCUGGAUCCUGCAGUGCGGCAUUGCUAGAUGAGGCCAGCAGUGGUCCUUCCUCGCUGGAAGGAUGAUGCCUCUCUCAAAAGGCUUUGGAAGAGCUCUUCUAGACCUUUCUAAAAGGGGCAGCAGCUAAAACUGUUGAGGGGAGGCCAGCCUGCUCUGUUCUUUCAGUGCCCACCAUCCCCUAUUUCCCCCAGCCUGCUACAUCCUAGGUGCCUCGACCCAGAGGUGGGGUUGAAGACCAGGCCUGAUUUUAUUAGAGUUUGUUUUGUAAUAAAAAUCUUUUUUAGUGGUGAAA